AUGGCAUCUUCAGCAAUUAGUCCAAACGAACUGUUCGGCGUUAAAGGACUGGUGGUGGUCAUUACAGGAGGUGGAAGCGGCAUCGGCCUAAUGAUUGCACAGUCGCUCGAGGCCAAUGGUGCCAUCGUGUACAUACUUGGGCGUCGCCAGGACACGUUGGACACAGCUGCCAAAACUGCUCAACACGGACAGCUUCAUGGAAUCCAAUGCGAUGUGUCCAAGAAACAAGACCUUGAAAGCGCCGCGUCCCAGAUCGAGUCCAAGCAUGGAUACGUCAAUGUAGUGAUUGCAAACUCUGGCAUUCUAGGACCGGGCCUCACCGGACUGCCAGAAAAUCCCAGUCUUGCAGAGUUUCGCGACGGGCUCUGGAAUCAGGACUAUGAUGCAUUCAAUCAGACGUUUGCUGUCAACACUACUGGCGUCUUUUUCACCGUGGCCGCGUUCCUGGACCUGCUCGACGAGGGCAACAAGCGCUGCAACUUGAAGCAGAGGAGCCAAGUCAUUGCCACGAGCAGCGUCGGUGCCUACAUGCGCACCUCGCCGCUCUCGAGCUUUGCCUAUGACGGCUCAAAGGCGGCCGUGGUACACAUGAUGAAGAUCUUCACCACGAGAUUUGCGCCCUAUGGCAUCCGGGCCAACACCAUUGUGCCGGGCUGGUAUCCUAGUGAGAUGACCACUGAAGUCAUAGAGCACCAGGAUAAAGUUGGCUGGGCAAAAGACUUUGUGCCCGAGGAACGAGCUGGGGAUCAGGAAGACCUGGCUGGUGCUGUCCUGUUCCUUGUGAGCAGGGCCGGCGCGUAUAUCAACGGUAACGUGCUAGUGACAGACGGAGGAAGAUUGGGAGUGUUGCCUGGAACGUAUUAA